UGUUGCGGCGACGGCGGGAACGGGAGCGGCGGGAUCGCGGGGCGCUCGGAGCAUGCGGGGCGCACGCAGCGGGCAGGGCGCGGAGCGGCGUUCCGCGGGCGCGGCUCCCGCGCAGUGGGUGCUCAUUGCCCCAGAGGCUGCAAUUGACCCCCCAAAGACACCUGACAGCGAACCCUUGUUUACAAAACUACGCAACCCAAGCACAGGGGAAGGAACCCUUUACUUAUUCAAUAGUGGUGCACAGCAGCUGUUUGAAGUAAAAGCUUUUCACGAGGAACGUCGUUCCUGGUUUAUAGGUCAGACUGUUCAACAGGAUGGGCGCCUGCUGUUUGUUACACCAAUGGACCCCUUAUUUCUGAUACUUUACUACCUCAUAAAGGCAGACAAAGAGCAGCAAGGAAAGUUCCAGCCACUUGAUCAAGUUGUGCUAGACUCAGAAUACCCUAGCUGCCCAUUGCUGCUGAAGUGUGCAGAUGUUAAACAGUACAUACAGCACGUAACAGAAGAAAAAGAGAUUGGUGGUCAGAAAUUCCACAAAUACAGCCAAGAGAAGACACUGAAGUGGUUAAAGAAAAAGGUUAAUCAAACAGUGAAAGCACUUAAAAGCAACAAUAUAUCAGUAGGUGAAAGGGUGCUUGCAAGUACAUUUAUCAACAGUAAACAGAUCACAGAUGCUCAGGAAGACUAUGUACGGUAUGCCCAUGGGUUAAUAUCAGAGUAUAUUCCUGAAGAUCUGAGUAAGGAGUUGUUAAAAUACUUGGGGCUCCCAGAACUUAGAAGCCCAGCACCAGAGCCACCAGUGAAGAUGCCUGAGAAAAGACGUGCAAAGAAGAAAUGAAAGGAGCUUAAGGAGACUCGCUUGUGUUAUUGGAACUUGCCAUAAUCACAAAGCUGCUUUUGAUGUCUUUCUUUACGCACUUUCUGAAAAAUAAAUGUUUGACAUCGGACAUGCCCUGUUCCAAGAAAGAGCAAAUCUCAGCAGAUUAGUAUUGUUAAAUAUGCAGUGUGUUAAACAUACUCUGCUUCAAAUUUUAUAGCUUACACACCAUUGGUCUAUCGGGCCCUUCCAGGAAAGCACUUACGAGCAUGCCUAAUGUUAAGCACAUGAGCAGCGAUCCUCAAGUCAGCCGUGUUGUUCGUGUGGGUAAGUGCUUUGCUGGAUCAGUGCCUGCAGCCCUGUUAGGUGCUGAGCAUCCUGAUCCAUAUCCAGCAAAGCACUUACAUCCAUGCUUAUCUUGAAGUGGAAGAGCCAGUCUAAUAUUUGUGCAUUAGUGUUGACCAUAAAAUCUCUCUUGGCACAAUGACUCAUAUGCUUAAUAUUAAGCACCUGCCCAAGUCUUUUGCAAGAUCAGACCAACUGCAUCCUUGAGCAAGUCUUAAAUACUUGAUUUUCUAUGUUUUGUAUUCAUUUUUUAAUAGAAUGUAUGCUUUUAGUGGCUGUAAUUACAAGUUUUAGAAGCUGUAUAGCAAAAUAUGUUUGUAUAGCAUGUUUUAUGCAAUUUCUUCUUUCUUUUUCAUAAGUCCAAUGUUCGGUCAAACAAUCAACCAAAAUGGGAAAAAACCCAAUAUUGACUCUUUAUAGGACAUUUACAUUUUUAAAAGUAAUUUACAUGAUUUUGAUGAUUUACAUGAUUUUGUCCAACACUGACCUGUUUUACAGAAGGUGUCACCUAGCUCAGAUUGUGUGGACAGUGUGACUCUUUAAGUGCUAAUCCUUUAGGUAGGUUGUGUGUUCAGAAGGACAGAUGGAGAUGCUGUGUUUUUUUAUUUUACUUCUUUUAUUCUAAGGGAUUGAAUCCUUACAACCAUAUAUAAAAUAACAUGUACAUUUUGUGUUGAGAACUAAACCAAAACCUGUGUAAUUUUUCAUAUUUAAAAAAAAGAGCUAAUUAUCCUUCAUUUAUUGAUGUAAGUGGCACUUUCUGUGGAGUAAGCUUCAACCAAAAUGUCAGCCUGAGACUACAUAAAACAUGCAGAAAAUGAAUGCUAAUGGGAUCCUCAUUUGUGUCAUAUGCAGUCUGAUGUUCUUAACUUAAAUACCUGUAUAUCAAACUACUAUUAAUAUAUAACUCUUUGCUGGAGAACUUUUUAAAGUUAAUAAUUGACAGGAUUUUGAAUAGAAUGAAUUUUCCUUCUGUAAAUUCCAACUGUGACCCCAGUUUACAGAUGCCUACAGCAAAUAACCAAAAUGCUUGGUAAAGCUUGAAUGUAUUUUCAGUGUUCUAGGUAAAACAUAAAGAAAUAUUUUACAUCAACUCUCGCAAAUUUUGCCUAACUUUGAGUAAAGAAGAGAUCCAAUAAGAGUUUAUUAUGACUUUGCUGGAAAAUAAAUUCCAGGACAGAGGCAAUAAUAGCUUGUUCAACUUUCUUUUUAACUGAUUCUGUUCAUCUCUGUUUCAGAAUAUGGAAAAGCUGAACUAUUAACUGUUUAGAAAUAAUAUAUGAAAGGAAUUGUAAUCUGAAUGCCUGUUUUAGGAAUUUGCACUGAAUUCUUUUUGUUAGUCUGCUGAAGCAAUGUGCACUUUCUCUUUUUUAGGAAAAAAAAAAUUUAACAUUGUUUUUAGGAAUACAGCAAGAUUAUUAUAUGGGUCCAAAAUGAAAUUUCUAUUUUUCUAGCUUACAUUAAAAAACACUUGAUGUGUGAAUUAAGAUGAUAUAUUUCAGUAUGUGGUUCCAUAUUUUGUAAGAUUUUAUUUUUAAUAUAUGUGCAAGAAAUAAAUAAAUGCCUUUGGAAUA